CAAAAUAUCAGGCACGGUUUGUAAAUCAAAAUUGUAGUAAAAUACCUAAUUAAGAUAUUUUGCCCAUUUUUUAAUUUUUCAGUGAUGUGUUUGCCGAAUCUGAAGUCAAGAAGUUUGACAUGUUCGAAGAGUUGCAACGAAAAACAAAUAUUAAUCAGAUACGAGAAAUGAAUCAAACCGGUUAUUCUCUUCUUACAAAAGAGCAAUUAAGAAUGAUUUAUGGACCAGACUCUCCAUAUCAUGAUCCGAAGCUUCUUCAACGUUUCCUUCUUUUAAAUAAUUCGGCAUUAGCAUCACACAUUGAAGGCGACAUUCACAAACUUGCUACAAUUGACUCAUUUAAAAUUCAGCCAAAGAAAUCACAACAAACUAGAAGAAAACGAGCAAUUAUUCUAUCACCUAUCAGUUUUAGCCCUUUUGUUUUGACAUUAAUCAACCUAAAUCCAGUAAUUUUAUCCCCUAUAAUAUUUUCUCCGUUAAUUCUUGCCCCAGCAAUUCUUGGACCGGUAAUCCUUUCACCUUGGGUUUUUGUGCCGUUGGUUCUAUCACCGCGUCUUCUUACACCCUUAAUUCUUUCACCACCAUUAUUUUCACCCUUAAUUUUGUCUCCUUUGGCACUUCAACCAGUCAUUCUUUCUCCUGGAGCUUUUGCCCCUUUAAUACUUUCUCCAGUAUUGCUUUCUCCUUUUAUUUUAUCUCCUCAAGUAUUCACUCCUUUAAUUCUCUCCCCGUUAGCAUUAAAUCCAUUUAUUCUAAAUCCAUCAGCUCUAAGUCCCGUAAUUUUAUCUCCUUUUGUAUUAUCACCUAUUAUUUUAUCACCUGCAUUUCUUUCAGCAUUAAUUUUGAGCCCUUAUGCUUUAUCACCUCUUAUUCAAAGUCCGCUUAUUGCAUAUUCUGUAAUUUUGUCUCCAAGCUAUCUUAGUUAA